AUGGCACCGAUCACUCACACCCUCGACCCAAAGGGGGACGUGACCCUUGUGGCUGCUGCCCGAGACGAGGAUAACCCACAUGAUGAGACUCGAUUCCCAGUCUCAUCAAGGCACCUAACUCUUGCCUCGCCUUACUUCGAAACACGGCUCAAGAUCUGCUGGCCCGAGGGCAAAGUCCUCUCCGAGCAGGGUAAGGUCGAAAUGGCCAUGCACGAUUGCGAUGCGGAUGUUCUUUUGAUCAUCCUCAAUAUCUUACAUUGUCACCUGUGGCAAAUCCCACAAUCAGUCACACUCGACAUGAUGAUCGACCUUGCCCUGACUACGGACUUGUUGGAGUGCCACGAGGCCGUGAAUGUUUUUGGGGCUCAUGUGGGUAGACGGGCUCAAAGACAAGAUGUCACGUUCGAUAGAAGAGGUCACCAAGAAGUGGAUCAUGGUGUCCUCGGCCCCAUCGACACUGGCAACUUGCCGAUCCCCAAAUGGAUCAGAGGUAAAGAAACCCCCCUCCCCACAUGGAAAGAAGAGAGGUCGAGAGACAGGGACUUUAUGGCUAAUUUUAGAGAUCCAGACGAUAUUGACAAUGAGAGGAUCGCUUAUUUGGAAAAGCUCCUUCGGUUGAUGGAAAAGCAUAUCUUCCAACUGGCAACCGUGCCCGACAUAUGUUCGACGAAGUGCGACGCCCUGUGCUUGAGACUGGCGUCAGCCCCAGCUCUGCCGCCGCUCGGAUACUGGAAUAACGACGCUGUUCAGGUGAUAACCCAUUUUUUUUUGACGUAUGUCUGA